CUAGAGAAGGAGAGUUACGACAGCUACGUAAGCAGACUACAGAGCUAGAAGAACAAAAUGCAAUACUGAGUAAACAUAUAGAGAACAUGAAACAGGCUAUAGACAAACUUCAAGUUGAAGCAAUUCAACAGAGGAAUAAUAACAUGGCAUUACAAGGUCACCUUGAUGCUCUAAGACAAACUUUAACAGCAAACUUUAACAAUAUACCACUGCCAGGUAGUAAUGAGAUUCCCACCCUGGAGACUAUAGAUACAUACAUGGCUAGACUGCAUUCUGUCAUACUUGAACAACCGCAGAAAAAUGAGAAACUGAUUGCACAAGUUCGAGACAUUGUCGGACGUCUAAACAUUGACAGUACUAGUUAAUAGGACCUCAUCAUUAGAUAGAAGAUAGAUAGACGACCACAUUCAUUGUUGAAUUACGAAGAAGAUGAACAAUAAACUGAAUGCAGUAGCGCUGAAAUGUUGACAUUAUUUCUUGAAAGAAAAAAUUUCAUAACACUCAAGUGGACUGAGUGUGCAGUACUUAUUUAAGGUGUUGACAAUCACAAAGUUCUGUCAAUAAGGAAAAUUAUGUCAGCUUUUAUUUUUGAGAGACAAUAUGCGUGUUAAAUUAUCAUUAGGACUUGGUAAAGAUGUUAAUGAGAGAUCUCUAGAGGAGAAAUAACAUACCGGAUUGGCUACAGAUUGAUGUGAAAGCAUUAGCCCUCACCCGGCUGGUGCCAAGUGAUUCACCUUUCCCAUCAGUAUAGAGCCAGGCCAGUCUGAAGUUCUGUUAAUCUCACUAGGCUCUAUACUGUUCAUGCUGUUGGCAGAUUAAUUUUUGUAUAUUUUGAUGUUGAAAUCCCUACAACUUUAAAUGGAUUGUUCCAAAUUCAAAGCAGGGCAAGUCCAUUACCAAAAUUCAGUAGAUUUAGGAUUAAGUAAUAUUGAUUUUAGGCUAAAGAAUGAAAUUGCAGUGUUAAUACAAAAGAUAUUAACUCCAAUAUAAAUUUUGUACCUGACAAUUAUUGUAAUUUUAUGUGUAAUUGAAAAAAACUGUUUUUGUACUGGAUUUAUUAAGAUUUGUUCUGUUGAUUUGAUCUUUGCAAUAAA